AUGAGUAAGGACGAUUCGAAAGAAGAACUGGGCUCGCCCCAGCCUUACUUUGAAAAAGACAUUGAGUUUUCCUCUGAUCGUGAUUCUCCCUCAGACACAGAAAAAAAUGAAGCAAUUACCGAGCUUGCUCGCCAAUAUACCCAUACUUCAACGCUUACGCGAACUCAAACAAACACAUCUCAGCUUUUAGCCCCGAUUCCUACUAACUUCAAUCCGUUCCUAAGCACAGAUAAUCCCAUUUUGGAUCCCCUGUCUCCUGAAUUUAAUCCCCGUGCUUGGGCGCGUCAUAUGCUUAAAAUCAGACACUCGGAUCCUGAAAAAUACCCCAAAUUAAAUGCUGGCGUUUCGUUUAAAAAUUUAGGCGCAUAUGGAUACUCAGAUGGUACAUCUUUUCAACCUACUGUCUUUAACACAAUUAUUCAAAGAGCAAAUGAUUACUUAAAUCUUAUUCGUCGACGCAAAGGCGAGAAAGUCACAAUUCUUAAAAAUUUUAAUGGUCUUGUUAAAUCUGGCGAAACUUGCGUUGUGUUAGGCCGACCUGGAGCUGGAUGUUCUACUUUAUUGAAAACCAUCUCUUGUGACACUUAUGGCUUUCAUGUAACUGACGAUUCAAUCAUAAAUUAUCAAGGCAUUACACCUGAUCAAGUUGUUAAAAAUUACCGUGGUGAGGUUGUCUACAAUGCUGAAAAUGAAAUCCAUUUCCCUCAUCUUAGUGUCGGCGAUACUCUAAAAUUUGCUGCCUUGGCUCGUACACCUGAAAAUAGACUUCCAGGUGUUUCUAGAGAUCAGCAUGCUACUCAUACCCGUGAUGUAGUCAUGACCAUGUUUGGCCUUCUUCACACUAUGAACACACGAGUCGGUAAUGAUUUCAUUAGAGGUGUAUCUGGCGGUGAGCGCAAGCGUGUUUCUAUUGCCGAAGUUGUUUUGGCUGGUGCUGCAAUUCAAACUUGGGAUAAUGCAACGCGAGGUCUCGAUUCUGCCACAGCUCUCAGUUUCGUCAAAUCCUUAAAGAUUGAUGCGGACCUCGGUGGUGCUUCAAUUUUUGUUUCACUCUACCAGGCAUCGCAAGAUGCUUACGAUCUUUUUGAUAAAGUUACAGUUCUUUAUCUUGGUCGCCAAAUCUAUUUUGGUCCCACAAAUGAAGCGAAAAAGUAUUUUGAAGACAUGGGCUACAUUUGUAUUGACCGUCAAACUACUGGUGACUUUUUGACUUCUCUUACUUCACCAUCUGAACGUGUUAUCAAGCCAGGUUUCGAAAAUAUUGUGCCUCGAACCCCUGACGAGUUUGAGGAGUACUGGCACAAGAGCCCUCAAUAUAAGAAGCUUAUUGAGGAAGUUGACGAAUGGAAUAAUGAACAUCCCAUUGGUGGUCCUGGCGUAGAAAAAUUCAAAGAGUUUAAGACUACUCAACAAGCAAAGUAUGUCCCAUCCAGUUCCCCCUACUUCAUUUCAUAUCCGAUGCAAAUUAAGAUUUGUAUCACUCGCGGCUUCCAACGUCUAAAGGGUGAUCCCGCAAUGACCCUUACAACGAUUUUCGGUAAUACAAUUGCUGCCCUUAUUGUCAGUUCCAUUUUCUACAAUCAACCAAAGACUACCAGCUCUUUUUACGCCCGUUCAGCCGCUCUUUUCUUUUCUGUUCUUUUCAAUACCCUUUCUUCUUUGCUUGAAGUUUUUUCACUUUAUGCCAUCCGUCCUAUUGUUGAAAAACAUAACCGUUAUGCCUUUUACCGUCCUUCUGCCGAAGCAAUUAGUUCUCUCAUUGUUGAUAUGCCAGGAAAGAUUCUUACAUCUUUAGCUUUUAAUUUGGUCUUAUACUUUAUGGUCAAUUUAAAGCGUACACCAGCGGCUUUCUUCACCUAUUUCUUGUUUUCUUUUCUGACAUCACUGACUUCAUCAUUUUUGUUCCGUCUAAUUGCAUCAGUCACCCGCACAGUAUCUGAAGCAUUAACACCCUCAGCAUUGGUCAUUUUCCUUAUUGUCGUCACUACUGGUUUUGUUAUUCCUGUUGUUGAUAUGCACCCGUGGGUUCGCUGGAUCAAUUACUUGAAUCCAACUGCUUAUGUUUUUGAGGCAGUCAUGGUUAACGAAUUUAGAAGUGUAAAUUUUGAAUGCUCCACCAUGAUUCCUAGUGGUGCUGGUUAUGAGGAUGUACCACAAGAUUUAAAAAUUUGCACUGUAAUUGGCUCUAUUCCUGGAAGCAAUAUUGUUUAUGGAAACGAUUACGUUAUUCAAUCAUUUAAAUAUUAUCCUUCGCAUCUCUGGCGCAAUCUGGGUAUUCUUAUUGGCUUUUGUGUAUUCUUUUACUGUCUUUAUAUGCUCUUUUCUGAAUUGGUUAAGGGUCAACGCUCGCGUGGUGAAAUUUUGGUUUUCCCUCGUGGUGUUAAGCCUCCAAUGCCCAAAGUUCGUGAUGUGGAAACUUUAGAAAAGGGAAUGGUUGAUGACAAUAAUCUAAACACUCCUGCUAUUCGCGUACAAAGUUCUAUCAAGCUUCAAAAACAAGAAGGUAUUUUCCAAUGGCAAGAUGUUUGCUACGAUAUUAAGAUCAAGGGUGAACCUCGAAGAUUACUGGAUCAUGUUGAUGGUUGGGUCAAACCUGGUACCUUGACUGCCUUGAUGGGUUCUUCGGGUGCAGGUAAAACAACUUUGCUUGAUACUCUAGCUGACCGUGUAACUAUGGGUGUAGUAACUGGUGACAUGCUUGUCAAUGGUUCCCAACGUGACCGUUCUUUCCAGCGCAAGACUGGUUAUGUUCAGCAACAGGAUGUUCACUUGGAUACUACUACAGUUCGUGAGGCUUUAGAGUUUUCUGCUUUGCUUAGACAGCCUGAUGAGAUCCCUCGUGCUGAAAAAAUUUCUUAUGUCAAUGAGGUUAUCAAGAUUUUGGAAAUGGAAGAAUAUGCUGAUGCUGUUGUUGGUGUUCCGGGUGAAGGUCUUAACGUUGAACAGCGCAAGCGCCUUACUAUUGGUGUUGAACUUGCUGCUAAACCCGAAUUACUUCUUUUCCUUGAUGAGCCUACUUCUGGUUUGGACUCUCAAACCGCUUGGUCAAUUGUUUCUCUUAUGAAGAAGCUUACCCAUAGUGGCCAAGCAAUUUUGUGCACUAUCCAUCAACCUUCUGCCGUUUUGUUUCAGCAAUUUGAUCGUCUCUUGUUUUUAAAGAAAGGCGGUCAAACUGUUUAUUAUGGUGAUCUUGGUGAGAAUGCUGAGACUCUUGUCAAUUAUUUUGUCAAGCAUGGUGCUCCUCCUUGUCCUCCAGAUGCUAACCCUGCCGAGUGGAUGCUUGAAGUUAUUGGUGCUGCCCCUGGUUCUCAUUCUGAUAAGGACUGGUUUGAGGUUUGGCGCAACUCUGAUGAAUAUCAAGCCAUGAAGCGUGAUCUUGAAGCUCUUCGCGAAGAAUCCACAAUGUAUGCUGAUAAGAGUGAGUCUAAGAGCAUGGCAAAAUCUUAUGCUGUGCCUAUUUGGAAGCAGUGCAUCAUUGUAUCUAAGCGUUCGUUGAAACAUACAUGGCGUAAUCCACAGUACAUUUGGUCAAAACUUAUUCUUUGUAUCACGUCGCCAUUUUUCCUUGGUGUUACUUUUUGGAAGGCUAAGAAUACUUUGCAAGGCUUGCAGAAUCAAAUGUUUGCAGUUUUUAUGAUUACUGUGGUGUUCCCUCCUCUUGUUGAACAAAUGAUGACACCAUUUGCACUCCAACGUAUGCUUUACGAGACUCGUGAGAGGCCAUCUAAAACAUAUUCUUGGGUCACUUUUAUUACUUCCAUGAUUGUUUCUGAGGUUCCCUGGCAAACCAUUGCUGCUCUUGGUACCUUUUUCACAUUUUACUAUCCCGUUGGUUUUUACCGCAACGCUAUCCCAACUGACGGAGUUCACGAGCGUGGUGCUCUGUUUUUCUUGAUGAUUCUUUGGUACUUUUACUACAUGCUUACGUUUUCGUACAUGGCUGUGGCUACAAUGGCUGAAGAAACAGCAUCUAACAUUUCCAACGUUCUUUUCAAUGUUGCACUUUCCAUGUGUGGUGUUCUUGUUCCCAAGGACCAACUUCCAGGAUUUUGGAUUUUUAUGUACCGGUGUUCGCCUUUCACAUAUAUCAUUUCAGCUCUUCUUUCGACUGGUAUUGCCCAUUCUGAGGUGAAGUGCUCUACCAAAGAGCUUCUUCAUUUUGCGAACACGCUUAGUUCCAAUAUGACUUGUGGUGAAUUUUUGGACUCUUAUGCAACUGCAACCGGUGGUAAAGUCUAUAAUCCUGACUCUUAUACAGAUUGCCAGUUCUGUACCAUGAAGUCAACGGACACUUAUCUUGAAUCUAUUUUUGCACCAUUGUCUGAAGCUUGGCGUAACUUUGGUUUGUUGAUUGCCUUUACUUUUAUUAAUAUGGCAUUUGCCUAUUUCUUUUACUGGCUGGGUCGUGUUCCCAAGAGCUGGGGUAAGAAAAAGAAAGAUUAA